AUGGAUUUCCACCCCAGCGAGCGUCCGACCGAGAUCGAUCUCUUCGACUUCGAGCGAUUUGAUAAGGGCUAUGACGCGGAAGAUAUAUGCUGUGUUGUCUGUGGUGCCCCAAGCUUUAUCAAGGUUGUGGAAGCAGAAGUGCGAGACAAGAAUCUUGAGAGGUACAAGUGGUUUGUACCGCAGGCCAUCCGAGCUGAGAAUUAUCACUACGAGAAAGAUUGGGAUAUUGCGAGCCUGCCAAAUCACGAUCUACCGCUAGAAGUACUCGGGAUAGAUGAGAUCGAGAUCGACGGUGUGCAUUAUGGGGAGCGGUUAUUAAGAUUCGAACCAGUGAAUUAUGGGGACCACACGUCGAAAUUAGUCCACGAUCUCUAUACGGAGUACCCGUAUGUAACGGUACAUUCGGAAUGCCUUGACAUGAUACGACGUCUGGUAGAUUAUCGCCAGACUCUGCUGAAAGAUGGAGUAUCGGCUGGCCCAAAGCGCCCGACCACGCUCAGCCAGUUCUAUGAAGUGUUCGAGCAACGAUUAACUAGGGUGUAUUCCGAUUAUCCCCUUGGACGCAACGGCUCGUUCCACCCCCGACGUGUAGUUGAGCCACAUUACUAUUAUUUUAGGGACAUCAACCUCUUUCACAACGUCGCAUGGGCUUUUGGGGAGCAGAAGGCCUAUGUGAGUUCUGCACAAGUAUAA